AUGGAUCUCUCCCACAUCUCCACCCAUUUCAAUUCUCCAACUUCAUGUCAUCCAUUUUCCAGUGGGUUUUCAUUUGAUGAAAGAGUUAGAUUUCAAGACCCAGGAUUCCAACCUUGUGAUUCGAUCCAUUCGAUUCAUCCACCCCAAGCUUUACCUCAAUCUGAUUCACUUCAAAGACAUCAAAAACGUCAUUCUGGAUUCACGGCUACUACGAGUGGAAGUGAAGAAUCGGGAGAUCAUUUCUUUGAAUCACAGAGUCAAGAUGAUAAUGUACCAAAUGAUCAUCAGAAUCAGAAUACGAAUACGAAACUGACUAGUGAGAAAAGAAAGGCUCAGAAUCGAGCAGCUCAACGUAAUUUUCGUGAACGUAAAGAUAGACAAUCAAAAGAGAAUGAAGAAACCUUGGUGAUCCGAACAGAAGAGAACAAACAAAUGUGUGUACUGAUCGAGAGUCUACAGGCCGAAAAUGAUUUCUUACGACAAAACAUUCCAGCUUUAAUCUUAGCACAAUUAUCGAUUAGCUUACCAACCGUAGCACGACCGGUUCUAACUCUUCUAGGCUUACCACCACGUCCUACUACUACAGGUAUUCGAAGAGACGGAUCACAAGCACAACGACUUAAGAACGUUUCACUUAGAUGA